CAUAAAGUUAGUUCGGAUAAACCGAACUUUUCCCGUCGUUAGCCUCGCUUACAGACACCUCCUGACUUCAAAGCUGAUCGAGUAAGAUGAAGACGCUCUUCGCAUCCUAAAUCUCAAUUCCUAUCGUUCGUCGACAUCGCCGUGAGCUCAGUUCCUAUCAUUUGCUUAUACACUGCUAUUAUACUUACACACAACAAGAACAACAACUAUUGGCUUCCGUAGUUCAUCGCUUCGGGCAAAAAUGGCAGCUUCACUUCAAUUCUUUCGUGGCUUCACAACUGCAUCUCCGCGCAACUACUUGAAUUCAGUCUCCAGUUUGUCACACAUCACAACUCGUCUCAAAUUUGCAGAUUCGGCGGUUAUACCUUCUGCAGGUGCGCCGUCGUUGAAGGUUUCCAAUAAUACAACGCCAAUUAGGGCUGUGAGCGAAGAGAGAGAAAACCAAGGAGUGUACGGCGGAGAUGCGGAGGAGCACCUGACGUGUGUGAUGAAGUUUGGCGGGUCUUCAGUGGCAUCGGCCGAGAGGAUGAGAGAGGUUGCCGAUCUCGUGAUCAGCUUCCCUGAAGAAAAGCCUGUCAUUGUUCUCUCCGCCAUGGGAAAAACUACCAACAAUCUUCUACUCGCUGGAGAAAAGGCUGUGAGUUGUGGCGGUUCGCACGUGUCUAAACUUGAUGAAUUGAGGUUCAUCAUGGACUUGCAUCUAAGGACUGUCGAAGAGCUUGGUGUCGACACUUCUGUUAUUUCUGCACACUUAGAAGAACUGGAACAGCUUUUGAAAGGAAUAGCUAGGAUAAAAGAGUUGACUCUCCGCACAAGAGAUUAUUUAGUUUCAUUUGGGGAAUGCAUGUCUACCAGAAUCUUUGCUGCGUAUUUGAAUAAGAUUGGUGCUAAAGCACGGCAAUAUGAUGCAUUUGAUAUUGGUUUUAUUACAACGGAGGACUUCACAAAUGCGGACAUCUUGGAAGCUACAUACCCAGCUGUAGCAAAGAGAUUACACAAUGAGUGGAUCCUUGAUCCUGCAAUCCCCGUUGUGACUGGUUUCCUUGGAAAGGGUUGGAAAUCUUGUGCAGUUACUACCUUGGGUAGGGGAGGAAGUGAUUUGACAGCUACAACCAUUGGUAAGGCCCUAGGUUUGCGAGAAAUUCAGGUAUGGAAGGAUGUUGAUGGUGUACUCACAUGUGAUCCAAGCAUCCAUCCACGUGCCGAACCUGUGCCAUUCUUGACAUUUGAAGAGGCAGCUGAGCUUGCAUACUUUGGUGCGCAGGUCCUGCAUCCACAAUCCAUGAGACCUGCUAGGGACGGUGAUAUUCCUGUCAGGGUCAAGAAUUCUUACAAUCCUAAGUCUCCUGGUACCCUUAUCACUAGAAGCAGAGAUAUGACCAAGGCUGUGCUAACCAGCAUAGUUCUUAAGCAGAAUGUCACCAUGUUGGAUAUAGUUAGUACUCGCAUGCUCGGUCAAUUUGGGUUCCUUGCAAAGGUUUUCUCAAUCUUUGAAGAGUUGGGCAUUUCAGUGGAUGUUGUUGCUACUAGUGAAGUCAGUUUAUCUUUAACACUGGAUCCAUCAAAACUUUGGAGCAGAGAACUAAUUCAGCAGGAACUUGACAAUGUAGUGGAAGAACUAGAAAAAAUUGCAGUUGUGAAUCUCCUGCAGCGUAGAUCAAUCAUCUCCUUGAUUGGCAAUGUGCAACGGUCUUCUUUGAUUCUAGAGAAGGUCUUUAGUGUUCUGCGGACCAAUGGAGUCAAUGUGCAGAUGAUUUCACAAGGAGCAUCCAAGGUGAACAUUUCAUUGAUAGUAAAUGAUAGCGAGGCAGAAAGGUGCGUUAAGGCCCUUCACUACACUUUUUUUGAGAGUGGUGAUGUGUCAGAAAUAGAUCUGGAUGGUGGAUUAAGAACGGCCCUGUCUCGGCGUUGAAGGUGGAAAUUUGAUGCCUGUAGUGACUUAAAAAAUUCUCUUUUACGGGGAUGUAUAUAUUGCUGGCAAUCUGUGGUAUGUUUACCUCGGCGUCAACUCUGCCUCAGCAGUCAGUUAGGCGUCUUUGCUGAAUGAUGUUUUGCAAAAUUGUGCAAAUUCUUGUUCAGAGUCCGUAUCAGCCCAUGCCAUUCUUUCUUAGGUUUUACAUUUUGUUUAGCCCCAACAUCCAUAAUGUUUUUGGCCGGUGGACAGAAAAGAGGGAAGGGAAACCUAGGAUUGCGCCUGAAUUUGUCAAGCGAUGUGGUCAGGGGAAUGAAGCUUUCCUUUUUCGUUUUGUUGGUUGUGAUGAAAAGGCAGAGACCUUACCACGGGGUGGUGGCCUAGGCGGCAUGAGAGAAGAAUGGACUUAUAAUACUAUGACCAAAACAUGGCAGAUGGCCUGUUCAAUCUCUAUGAUAUUUUGAAGGACUCUUUCAUUGUUAAAUAAGAUAAAAGAGGGGAGAUUGUUUAUUCAUUA